AUGUCGAAAGAAAAAGUUAACAAGAAUAUACAUGUUGCAGCACUUGAAGGCCGGCUUGCGGUCGUUAAAGACAUCUUCGAGACUGAAAAGAAGACGAUACAUUCUAGAGACGAGGAUUCACGUACUCCUUUACAUUGGGGUGCAUCUGGUGGUCACUUGGAUGUAAUCGAGUACCUGAUAGAGCAAGGUGCAGAUGUGAAUGUUGUUGAUGAUGCCGAUUGGACUCCAUUACAUAUUGCAGCGUCAACCGGACAUUUAGAUGUAGUGGUAAAAUUAAUAGAGGCCGGUGCAAAUGUUAAUGAACAGAAUGAGAUGGGGAUGACUGCUUUACAUUACGCAGCAUCAAAGAAUAAAAUUGAGAACGAUGCUUCAGUUAGCAUCAGAGACAAAAAUAGUCAGACUCCACUUCAUCGUUCCGCGGUGCUGGGCUAUACAGUGUUUACUCGUCUUUUAUUAGAACAUAAGGCGAACCCCAAUCUUGCGGAUAAAGUUGACAAUACGCCUCUACAUUUAGCGUGUGAAGAAGGCCAUGGCGAUACAGCCAUAUUACUCAUAGAAUACGGUGGUGAUCUAGAACGAAAGAACAAAGAAGAUAAAACACCAUUAGAUCUAUGUAACAGAAAAUUGAAAACGUUCAUUAUUAGUCAGACUCGUGGAUAA